UGUAAUCUCGCAGGUAGCUGCUGCGACUUGUAAUAGAGGCGCCAUGCUGCUAAGACUGCGCUGUCAAUGACACAAGCAAUGCUCGCAUUUGCGCUGUUGGCAGGAUCACUUUGGAUCAUAUUAAAGUUGAGCACUACGCUAUUUGAGAGGAUGCAGGUACCGGAGCUGAUGCAUAGCCUGUGGCUGUGUGAAUUGGAAAAGCUGUUUCAUCUGAUGUGUUCAACGUCCACUGCUGCACUGCUCGGGGUUGGUGGUCUCACUGCCAUGUUGGCCUACUGGCUGGCAACACGCCCACGUGCCCUCAUACCCCCAUGUGACCUUCAGCGCCAGUCUGAAGAAGUUGAGGGAGGUGGCCAUAGAUCAGUGUUGGUUGACAGUCCCAAGCUGUUCACACACUACUAUGAAGACACCAAAACCUUGUAUGAGGCCUUCCAACGGGGACUGCAUAUAACUGGUGAUGGACCAUGCUUAGGUUCUCGUCUCCCGAAUCAACCUUACAAAUGGCUUUCUUAUCGAGAGGUCACAACUCGGGCAGAGCACCUGGGCUCAGGCUUACUGUUCCAGGGUUGUCAGCCCAAUUCCAAGCAGUUUAUUGGAGUGUUUUCCCAAAACAGGCCAGAGUGGAUAAUCUCUGAGCUGGCUUGUUACACCUACUCCAUGGUGGUGGUACCAUUAUAUGAUACACUGGGUCCUGAUUCAAUUCGAUACAUAAUAAACACUGCAGAGAUAUCUACAGUGAUCUGUGAUAAACCUGAAAAGGCCAAGGUGCUUUUAGAUAAUGUGGAAAGACAGAAGACACCAACUCUAAAGUGGGUUAUCCUCAUGGACCCAUUCAACACAGAACUUGUGGAGCAGGCCAGAAAGUGUGGUGUUCACAUCCAGGUCCUGAAAGAAGUUGAGGCCUUAGGACAAGAACAUUACAGAAAACCUAUGCCACCUUGUUCAGAAGACCUGUCAAUAAUCUGCUUCACCAGUGGAACAACAGGAAAUCCAAAGGGUGUGAUGCUUACACAUGGGAACAUUGUUGCGGAUUUCUCUGGAUUUCUGAAAGCAACAGAUAAAGUCAUAUCUCCAAAUCAAGACGACGUUCUCAUUUCUUUCUUACCCCUUGCACACAUGUUUGAGCGACUUAUUGAGGCAGUGGUUUACUGUCAUGGGGGAAGGAUUGGCUUUUUUCAGGGUGAUAUCCGUCUUCUUUCUGAUGACAUGAAGGCCCUCCGCCCAACUGUCUUUCCUGUGGUGCCUCGGCUCCUCAACCGCAUGUACGAUAAGAUCUUCUCUCAGGCCAAUACACCUGUGAAGCGUUGGCUCCUGAAUUUUGCUGCAAAAAAAAAAUCGAAAGAGGUCAGCAGCGGGAUCAUUCGCAAUGACAGUAUUUGGGAUAAGAUCUUCUUCAGCAAAAUUCAGGCCAAUGUAGGUGGAAGGCUUCGCAUGGUUAUAACAGGUGCUGCUCCCACCUCUCCUACAGUACUCAGCUUCUUGAGAGCAGCCCUGGGCUGCCAGGUGUACGAAGCAUAUGGACAGACGGAGUGCACAGCCGGCUGCACCUUUACCACUCCUGGAGACUGGACGUCAGGGCAUGUAGGUGCACCAUUACCGUGCAACCUCAUUAAGCUUGUGGAUGUUCCAGAGAAGAACUACUUUACCUCAAAUGGAAAGGGAGAGGUGUGUGUCAAAGGCCCAAAUGUCUUUAAGGGAUAUUUGAAGGAUCCAGUUUUGACAGCAGAAACAUUGGAUUCAGAUGGAUGGCUUCACACAGGAGACAUUGGACAAUGGUUACCGAAUGGCACAUUAAAGAUAAUAGACAGAAAGAAGCACAUAUUUAAGCUUGCACAGGGUGAAUAUAUUUCACCAGAGAAGAUUGAGAACAUCUAUAUUCGCAGUGAGCCUGUUUCUCAGCUCUAUGUUCAUGGAGACAGCCUGCAGGCAUGUCUAGUUGGGAUUGUUGUUCCAGACCCUGAAAUGAUGCCUUCAUGGGCCCAGAAAAAGGGCAUUGAUGGAUGCUAUGAUGAGCUGUGUAAAAAUGUGGAACUAAAAAAAGCCAUCUUAGACGACCUUGUGGGUUUGGGCAAAGCCGGUGGCCUCCAUUCAUUUGAGCAAGUAAAAGAUAUCCACAUUCAUAAUGAGAUGUUCUCUAUAGAAAAUGGAUUGCUGACCCCAACCUUAAAAGCCAAAAGGCCAGAGCUUAAAGAAUAUUUCAAACAGCAGAUACAACAUCUGUAUGACAAUAUCACAAUGUAAACAAUCCUGUACUAAAGUACUGUACUAAUUACUUAAUUGAAAUGAAGACUUUUUUUGUGAUUUUAUGUUUUUUCUUUUUAAUAAUUUGUCAUUAAAUUCUGAUCAAACUACAAAAAGCAUACAAAGCAUGCAUGAUGGGAAGAUGAAGUUUAUUGUGAAUAUAGACUCAAAGGAAAGUACACAUCUCUAGGCCAUGAUUGUAAACAGUUGGUGUGCCUCUGGAAAAGGAGGAAUAUUUACCACCAAUUUUGUCUCUUUAAAAAACACACAAGCAUGCAUGCAUUCCUUCGUCUUGAUAAGUGACUACUUAAGCAACAUGGUUUGACAUUGAUAUUUUAAUUGUGUUUGAUUAUGAGGGCCAACUAUAAACAAAUUGCUUUUUUUAACAAAGAACAAUACUUGAUGAGGUAGAAAAGUUUUUUCUUGAUUAUUUGGAGGUUUACAUGUCAAAACACACACAAACUUAUACACAUACAUAUGGCCUAAUUAUGAGAUAUAAAAUGCAGCAAUAUUAUUCUAAAUCUGCAUGCUUUUUGCAAACUGAGCAUGCCAUCAACCUACAUAUUUGGACUUGGUAGUAUUUUCAAUAUCUUGUGCAUUUCAUGCCAUAAUUUAAAGAAAAAAGUUAAUGUAAGAAAUGUUAUAAAUUAGCUGCAAACAGAUUUAUUUUAAUAAAAAAAAAAUUCUGUGUAAAGAAAUUGCUUUAGAACCAUAAUAUGGAUAGGGAAAAAAUAAAAUAAUAUUAGUUGAACAUUUUAUUUUGUUCAUUGUUUCCUCUAAGCAAUACAAAAAGGAUUCAAUUUAGUGCACAGCUGAUAAUACUUUGAAUUAUAAACCUCCAAAUGCUUUUCUGAAUACCUGUCUUCAGUGCUUUGGAUUUGUAUUCAAUGAAGCUGUGGCAUGAGGUAGCUCAACUUUUUACCUUUUAAUGAUUGUGUCCACCAAACACCAAUAAAGCUCUAA